GAAUGCGCAGAUAAUUUUUACCGCCGAGCUCAGUUUCAGCUGUUCAGUGAAAGAGAAAGCUAAAAAAGACAAUGAUACGACAUAAAAAGCGAACUUUCCCCAGUAAAACUUCUGUAUUUCUUGCCCAAGAACAAUGGCAAUAUUCAGGAAAUGCCUACAAACGCCUAAGUCAGUUGCCAGAACAUGUGAUUGAGGAGAUAGGUGAGGGGAGUGGUAUCCCUGAGAUAGUAGCAGAGUUAGACUACUUCAGUACACAUAUGGAUGCAGAUGAUGAUCUGUGUUUAGAGAAUCUCAAGACGUUGUUGGGUAAUUUGAUGAACUUUGAACCCAGAAGAUCAAAUGAAGAGUCAAAUGCAGAUGAUGAACAACAAAAAUAUGCAGCACAGUUCUAUGAACAUGGUGGUGUGGAGGUAUUGAUGAGAAUUUUGAUGUUUAAUACACAGUUUCCACAGGCAUGUAAAAAUAUCAAAGUUGGAUAUCCAGAGUCUGACCUGUUACUCAGAAUCAAGAGUCUGGUUUUGGAAAUUUUGACAAAAAUAUCUACAACUAGCAUUGGUGACCAUGUGAUUAACAUCCUGAUGGAGGAUGAUGAAGUACUGAAUUACGUGUUUACAUUGUUAUCACAUACAAAGACAUUUAUAAAUGCUUGUCAGUUGAUAGAGGAUAUGUUACAGUCUAAACGACAAGUCUUAGAUCUACAUAGAAUUACUAAUAUAAAGACACUGAUUCUGUCUUUGACCGACUCACAACUGGCAAAUUUCUGUAGAAUAUUAGCAGUGGCAAUCUCAGACCUUGAUAUUUAUGAAAACAAAUCUUCAUUAUUCGCUCAGAAUAAACAGAAAAGAAGUAGAGGUUUUGUAAAUGUUAGAGACAUUAAUCAAGAGCUGUUACUUGGUAUUCCAGAGUUACUGCCCAGACUUGUAAACUUGGCUGUAAUGAAAGAUUAUACCCCCAGAUACAGGGGAAUGGUGAGUGAGUUAGAUUGUUGGAUGGAAUGGAUAGAAAAUCAAAUGGCAGAGGAGGUUUACGACACACCCACAGUAGACGAUGAUGAGGACUUUAUUGGAGGAAUUUCUGAGCCAACAUCAGCUGGUGGUGCUAUGAAUGUCCAGCAGGGUCUGAAAAUAACCGAGGAACUUGUACAGAGAGUAGAGGUUGUUUAUGUAUUGGGUUUGUUCUUAUUAGGAAAACAUCGGAAAAAGGUACAGAGAAAGCUGGCAGAACUGAAAUUGGCACCUGGUUUAAGUGAAUUGUUUGAUCAGUUUAUUUGGAAGUGUCAAGUAAGCAGAUAUAGCAGUAGGAACAGAUUACGUGGACACAACGCUGCCUGUGAAUGUAGUCCUGAAGUGGCAUUAAAAAUCCAGUUCUUACGACUUGUACAUAGUUUCUGUGAUCAUUCUGAUUAUAAACAUUUGUUAUUAUCCAAAAAUGAGCUCAAUGAAGUUAAGAGAAUUAACACUAAAGCUGGUAAUUUAUCAUUACCUAACCUUGAUGCUGUAAAUAAAUCAUUAAUGUGCAAAGGAAGUAAAGGUCUGUUAACUAAAAUAGUGGAAGUUAUGAAGAAAGAACCCACUACAUCAACUUUCAGGUUCUGGCUGGCCAGAGCUGUAGAGAGUUACUUGAGAGGUAAUACAUCAUACUGUGAUCAGGUCUUCUUAAUGAGAAGAGGACUUCUACAACAUGUUGCAACAAACAUUGUGGAACAUGAAAUAAGACACAAGGAAAUUCUACAAAGCAGUUUUGACUUGUUGGGAGAACUUGUUAAAUUCAACAUAGAGGCAUUUAGAUCAUUUGAUGAAAUUCUAAAUACUUCACCUAAGUUUGAUAAGUUCACCAGUACAGUAAACAGAAACUUGGUUGAUUCCAAUAUGUUUAUCCGUAGUCUUAUAUUGUCCUUAGAACAUCUGACCAAUGAUGAAUCCCCCUGUAGAGAUUAUGCCAAAAAAGAAAACAAAUUGUUGAUGUAUAUAGGAGAUUUUAAUAAACAGUUGGAUUACCUGUAUAAACUGAUCAAAAUAAUCAAUGUACAGAAUCUCACACAGGAAAAUGUUAGCUGUUUAAACACAACUCUGGUAUUUCUGAUGUUUGCCAACAGAAAGAACCAGUUACCCCGGUAUCUCCAAGCUCUCCGUGAUGAGAAGGAGGACAUGAUGGAUGUCAGUGGUUGUACAAAUCUAUUACGCAAUUUUAGAGAUUUGUUGAUAUUCUGGCAGGAUCAUUAUCUACACAAAGACAAAGACUGUAGUGCUUUAGAAAAGAGUUCUAGAAUCAGUUUUGACUACUGGAAACAAACUGUGUCAAUUCUAGUCGAUGAAAACAAGGACUUAACAACGGGAAUAUUACAUUACAUUACUCCAAUACCAUGUGAUAGACCAAACUGACAUAAAAUAUCAAAUAAGCUGUGAACAACAGUGAUGCAUAAUUUUACAAUCCUGUAGAUCACAUGAUUAACACAUCAGUUAUCAUGUAAUGUUAUCAUGUGAUGUUACGAUGUAACUAAAUGGGAGUUUGUAUCAAUGAAGUCUUUCUGGGAAUUGAGGCCAAGAAAAGCAACACAUUUCUGAUGGCAGAUUCCUCAGCCUACAGAUUUUCUUUGAGUUUUUCCUAGUUCAAGGUGCCAGUGAACAAGACGUUUCAUUAAUGGAAAUAUUUUCCUUUAAAUUGUUUUUAUUGUUGUUUUGUAAAUGAAGACAAUGCAAUGAUGGUUUAAAUCUAGUCUGGGAUAAUGACAUUGCUAUGAAAUAUUUUUUAUGACUUUGUAUAUAUAGUUGUUUUCUGUUAAUCCAUAUACAAAAAGUGCUAUUGUCAGAUCAGUCAAUAAUGCAAUCUAUAGAAUUAACAGUGCUACAGGUAUGCAUAAAAUAUCUCAUGAAUUUAUAUUAAAGCUGGCUUUUUUCCUGAGCUGAAGUACAUUGUAUAUGUCAUGUUAUUUUUCAGAUAACUAGUUUUUCGCUAUCGUUGUUUUCCAAAACAUCUUUUAUAGAUCUUCUUAGCAACAGUUUUCAUGAAUACUGCUUUUAUGAAUUGCUACCAUGAUUAAUUAACGGUUUGAUAUUGACUGAUUUGACUGUUUUUGAGCAAAUACAGAAUUAUUUGUCACAGUAUUAUUUAUCUUGCAAAUGAAAUCAGAUCGGUCACUGUCUUUUUAGAGGAUUAAAAUGUCUUCUUUUUCAAAUACAGCAUAAUAUAAUUUCCAAUUUUUUUUUGUUUCCUCAUUUUGAAGAAUUCUUGCAGGGUAUUAAUGUUCUCCAUUCUCAAUUUUAUUGUGCACAUUUCAACAUUGAUCAUAAUUGAAGUUUUCAUCCAUAUCACCUUGUAUGCUCCAUUAUUUACACAUGAAAUGUUUGUAUGCAAAUAAAAGAAAACAGUUAAUUGAGUAAAAAUAGUUAAAUUCAAUUUUCCUAGAGGCAUUAAAAAUCCAUGGAUGUACCUUUUAUGUAUGUUAGAAAGAACAAAAUGUCAUAGACUUCUUCACACAAAAAGAGCUUUAAAUGUAUGUGAUGUCAAGAUUUCAUAUUGGAGCUUUGCUUCAUGACUGAUAUUUAAAUGUUGUGUUCUUUUUAUAUUAUUUAUUUCAUUGUAUAUCUUCUUUUAUAAAAAUGAUGUAUUCUUUGUGUGCUAAGAGCACAUACAAUUUUACAAUUGAUGUAUUGUAAAUAGAUGUGUAUAAAAUUUUAUGCAAAGUGAAAUCUAAACAAAAAAAUUUUGAUGUAUUAUAUAUAUAAAUAUUUAUUUGUGCCUGAUUCUAUUUCAAUUUCUUUAAUAUUAAAACUUGAUUAAAUUUUAGUACAGUUAUGAUACAAAAAUACAGUAAUAUUUCUUGAGUCAGUCAGGACAGAAUCAUUACUAUAGCCAUUCAACAAGUUUGUGUCCAUUACAAUAUUUGUAAGGGAAUUCUACAAUAACUUUUGCUUUUUUGCCUUAAAUUAUAUUGUUAUUAAUGAACUUCCACAAUAGCAAAAAGACAAAUUCCAGCAAAAUUUAAAAAUAAGAUUUUCAAUUAUUUUUUAAGCAAAAUUAGUAAAAAUUUACUUAACUAAAAAUAAACAGUUUGAUGCACCCUACCCAGGAAAACUAUUAGUAGUACCAUUAACAUAUAACUUUUCUCUAUACAAGUUCAUAGGCUGUGUAUUAUAUUUCCAUGCCUACUUAUGAAUUAAUUUCAAAACCUGAUAAUAUCUUCAUGUAGUAGGCACCUGCAUUAUACAGACACAUCUAGCUUUUAAACCUUCUGUUUAAGUAGGAUUCCUGUGUGUUUAAAAAAAAAACACCACUACAAUCAAACAAUGCUUGAACAGUCAUGAGAAUGCAUUAACCAUUAGAAGAAAUCAUCCAUGCUAUCACUCAAACUAUUUUAUAGGUUGUUUUUAAUUUUUCCAUGACACGGGUGAAUGAAAACUGCAAUAAAUUGUAUGUGUUGUACAUAAAAUCAUGCCAAAAUUUUUUAUGGAAAGUAGAAUUUCUCCUACAUUGUACAUAAACAUAAUCCUUCAUUGUAAAAAUCAUAUAAAUAAAUAGAUUUUAAGUUUAUAUUUAUGUGAAGUUCUGAACAAAUUAAAAUUUCAAAAAGCCUAUCAUUUGGAUAGAAUCCAGAUAUAUUUUGUUGUCUUUUGUGAAAAGCUUAGUAAUAUGUCAUAUUUAAUGAUAAGUGCCCACUAUGAUUCAGAAUUUCCUGAUUAUUUAAAACAACUUUAGGAUUCUGCAAAAUUUAAAGUCAUUCAAAUAUAUGUGGCCUUUCUCAUUAUUUUUACAAAUGCAAGCAUUGGCAGGAAUUCUUGUAAGAGCAACCCUUGGUUUUAUUUUUAUGAAUAGUUGUCAAUAUUAAAAAAAAAUCCAAAAAUUCUUUGAAACAUCUUCAUGUCAAAGAACCAUACGAUAGAGAUACAAAUCAUGCCUCUAAAUGCAGAAAUUGAUCUUUACACUAAUGGGUUAAUGCUUGUAAAUGAUGAAGUAAAUUAUACCAGUUGGACAAAGAGUAAAGAGGAUUUUAUGGUAAUUUGGAAUAAACUAAUACAGCACACAUUGUAAUCAAAUCAUUUUUACCAGUAUUUAUAAUCUGUUAAUAUAUGUUAUAUGUUCCAAUCGAAGUGUUAAGUGAAGUAUAUAAAAACAAGUGUUCAUGUUUGAAAGGUGGUUGUAUGACUUAACUGCCAAAGGUUUAAAACAGAAUAAUGGGCUUUCAUUAUCAAGUCUCAGAGUGUGAAACAGUGGAUCUAUUUAUUUGUUAGGAGUCAUCAUAAAUCACUUAUUAUAUGGGGAACUUGAGCUAUUUUCAGAAAACAAUGCUUUGUCAAUAUGUGAAAAUAUUUUAGUUUUUUUGUGUUUUCUGAAUGAUGAUUAACUAAAUGUGUAAAGAGCUGCAUGACUGUUUAAAAAAUUACAUGAGGUAUGAAUGAUAUAUAUCCAAUUGAAGUUUUGUGUGAAUGUAAACUGAUUCUGGUUUGAUUAUAUAUACCACAUAUCAGAUUGUUAACAAAAGUAUCACAAUAGGUACGUAAAAACUCUUUUAAUAUUAAAUCUUUUUGACUAAAAUAAUUUUCCAAUUCUCAUUUCUGAAAUAAAUCUUCUCUAUUUUUGUCUGAAAAAUUAUUAGUGCUUUCAUUUAAUCUUCGAUAUACUUUUAGUAGGUAAUCUAUAAGAUCCUUCAAACUUAUAUUCAUCUUCAUGACAUUUCCUUAAAUUUAGUUUUGAAAAAUCUACAAAACCAAGAGCAGUAAAAAAACUUCAUGAAGAGGCUGUAAACUAAAAAGGCAUUAAAACAAAAUUAAAUGUACAAUUAAAGAAUAAAUCUCAUACUCGCUUGUUUCUGUAAUGUCAGUUUUAUGAAAAAGGUUAAGCUAGGUCAUUAACCCCUGUCUGUCACAUGUACCAAAUUAUCAGAAAAGUAGACCAUAUGUUAAUGACAAAAUUGGAACUAUUUAUGGUAUGAUUGUCCUGUUAAUAUGGACUUGUCCUUGUCUCUGGUGAAUAGUUGUGCAAGUGGCAAUCAAACCACAUCUUAUUUUUAUAACCUCAAAACAAAUUCUUUAGUGAAGGAGUGGGGAGAGGAAAAUAUUUUUACAGAUCACCUGGUACAUGUAAUUUUUUAUGAAUGAAUUUUUGUGUUUGAAAAUGUGGAGAGAACGAUAACCUUUUUACUGUAGAUGAAUAUUGAUGUAAUACAAAUAUUUCACAGUGAGCUUGAGAUGAAUGUACAAUUUGAAUGGAAGAUGAUGUAUAAUAUGGUCAUUAAAUUAUUAUAAUAUAUAUGUAAAUUUAUCAAAUAAAAAUUGACUUUAUUAA